CUGUGGCUGUUGCUCUCCCCACUGCCAUGAACCUCGGACGACGUGGUUACGCUGAGGCUGUCAGCGACAAGCUCAAGUUGAGCUUCAUCCUUCCUCACGCUGCCAUCUUCGACUCGCAAGAGGUCACGCAGGUCAAUAUCUCGGCAGCCACAGGAGAGAUGGGCAUCCUCGCAUCCCACGUCCCCUCCGUCGAGGAGCUCAAGCCGGGACUCUUUGAGGUCAUUGAGAGCAGCGGCACCAAGAAGUGGUUUGUGUCCGGCGGCUUCGCGACCAUGCACCCCAACAACCGUCUGACUGUCAACGCCAUCGAGGCAUACCCCAUCGAUGACUUCUCCCCCGACGCUGUCCGCUCCGCCCUCUCCGAGGCUCAGCGUACCGCCUCUGGCUCUGGAUCGCCCGAGCAGAAGGCUGAGGCGGAGAUCGAGGUCGAGGUGCUCACUGCUCUUCAGAGCGCUAUGGGCAGGCAGUAAGCGUUGGUCGCAAGAUGGGUAAAGAAGGAAGGCAGGACAUGGAGAAGGAAACGUGGCAGGGAUAGAUGACGACACAUCCGUGGGCCAUAUAGUCUGAAUCGCGGCGAGCAAUGCAUCACAAUGCCCGUCGUCGCUCGAGCAAGAGUAUUUAAUGCAACGCGGGGUGGAAGGCCAAGACGACAGUCUCAUGAAUCUGUCGCCAAACCAUCAUUACAGCUGCUCUGCAUUCCUCCCAUGUCUUGUUGUAUCGUUG